GUAUGAGACAUACAGAACUUCAUUUACAGCCUAAUACAGAAGUGUUCAAGUCUUGCUCCUUGCACUGAGAUAAUUGUCAAUUUCUGAAUAUGAUGAAUCCGGUUCACAAUCUGAGAUUAUUUUUAGGCUUUGGAAAGUUGGGACUGAUCAGAACAGUGUUUAUCGGCUUAGUAAUGCUGGUGGUUUUCACAUAUUUUGCAGUUUAUCGGGUUGAACACAAAAAAAAGAACGCAGAUCUUGAGUUUUGGGACCUUCCUGAAGAUAUAGAGUCUUCAGAGUUCAAGAUUAUAAACAGUGGACAGCCAAAAUGGAAACCUGAGUUUCUGGGGAAAGUGAACAUGCACAUUUUUGAAGACUGGUGUGGAGGAUCUGUGGAUCAACUACGGAAGAAUGAGUUGUUUCCUAUGUUCCCCCAUUCACGCACCACAAUCAGAAGGCUUGCUGUCUAUCCCGGUUGGGAAAACUAUGGGCUGAGAAUCUUUGGAUACAUUCAUCCUGUAAUAAAUGGAGAAUACAUGUUUGCCAUCGCCUCUGAUGAUAACUCAGAGUUCUGGUUGAGCUCGGAUGAAAGCAGCAAAAAUCUCAAACUUAUGGCUUUCCUUGGCAAGGCAGGAAAUGAAUGGGCUGCACCAGGGGAGUAUGAGAAAUUUGCAUCUCAGAUAUCAGAUCCUGUGGAGCUCACAAAAAGGAAAAAAUAUUACUUUGAAAUCAUCUACAAGCAAAGUGAAGCAAUGGAUCAUGUGGAGCUUGCAUGGCGUCUCAACAAAGAGGAAAGCAACUUUGAAGUCAUUACCUCAGAGUAUCUGUCACUCUACAGUGAUGAGUCUUCUCUGCUGGCAGUGGACAAUCAGAUAAUCCCCCAAACAGCAGCUAGUCGAAAACUGGCCCCUGACCCCAUAUCUAAACCAGAUGUGGACAUGGUCAAAGAAGACCCACGAGACACCAUCUACAAGAUCCCACUGCUAGAGAAUUCCAUUGUGGAAAAUGCAUUUCCUAAAUGUCCUUUCUAUCCUAUUUACUUAUAUGAAAACGAUACCAUUGAGCGAUAUGAUGGUAUAAAUCAUGUUCGCUACUCGUCAGUGUACCCAAAUGACUACACAAGGCUUGCUACUGAGGACAUUAAGGCACAGAUAUGCUUUUACGAAAAGGAUGAAACAGUUGAGCAGGGAGGUGGGUUUGGUCCAAUGCUAAAAUUUGAAAGCAGAGCAGACAACGAAGAAGGUAGUAUGAACAAGCCAAACUGGACGCAGAUCAUCAAUGUAAAGCCUGUGGACUUCCAUUCAAAGCAGAGUGAUUUUGUUGUCCAUACCUGCAAAAGAGCUGGAAAUAUCAUAAUGCUCCAGAAAGAUGUCAUGCCUAUAAUUAAAGCCUUCAGGAAUCAACUGCUGUCAUCACCGAACACCAGCGAACUGUUCAUGAAACGAGUGUUAAAUGUGGAGAGGAAAACAAAGGCUGGUGUGGGGAGUCGCUACCUGAUGGAGAUAGAGAUGGAAGAUAAAAAAGGGAAAAAUGUUCUUAUCUCAAAAUAUUUGUACUCCACAAUGAACCAGAGAAAUCCAGAAUUACCUGGACUCUGCAGCCCAAUAAACUUCGACUGGAACCCAGAAGUAAAAGUCCAUGUUAUUCUGACAGUUAAAAACCAGGGGAAAUGGGUCAUUCACUUCAUUAAUGAAAUGCAGAGGCUCUAUCAAGAAACAGGAGACAAAAACUUCAAUGUCAUCAUCGUAGACUACAACAGCACUGAUAUUGAUGUAGAGAAGGAACUGAAAAAUGCUAAUUUACCAAGCUACCAGUUUAAGAGCCUGGAUGGACGUUUUGCUAAAGCGCUAGGAAUUCAAUCUGGAGUUGAUCUUGUUCAAGAUGAAAACAGUAUUUUAUUCAUGUGUGAUCUACACAUCCACUUUCCUUCAUCGAUAAUAGACAAUGUGCGCAAGCAUUGUGUCCAGGGAAAAGUGGCAUAUGCUCCUGUUGUGAUGAGACUGGGAUGUGGAGCCACGUUACAUGAUCCCUCAGGUUUCUGGGAAACUGAGGGCUAUGGUCUGGUAGGGAUUUACAAAUCAGACAUGGACCGAAUUGGAGGCAUGAAUGUUAAAGAAUACACAGACAAGUGGGGAGGAGAAGACUGGGAGCUGCUGGACAGAAUCGUAUUGAACAAGCUUGAGGUAGAGAGACUACAUCUGAGGAAUUUUGCACACUUCUACCAUUCCAAACGGGGCAUGUGGAACAUGGAGUGAUGCUUGGACACUCGUUUCUUGUCUGGCUUAUGACAAUAGGCGAUGGUGAAUAUUGUAUUUAGAGUCUGUACAGUAAUAUUUAUAUAAGGUUUGGGUAAAUCUAUUCAUUUUUACCUAACGUUUGUACAUUUUGUAGCCAUUUUUCACAUUUUACAAUAAUGAUGAUGGCAUUAGAACCAUGAAGUGAGGCUGUGACUAAAAUCUACAAAAUAGGUACCCUGAUUAUAGCUUCCUAUUAUUUGCUUUCUGUAUGACUUUACAUCAGAAUCCUUUAGUAAGUGCACUGUGCAUUAACAUUUUUUUCAUUUCAUUGCUGGAGGCUUGUCAUCAGUUCUCAUAUCUUGAAAUUCAUCUGCACCCUUUCAUGUGUCAUCAAUUCUACUAAUUACCACACCCUAUGUAAUAGCCCAUUUGCAUAACAUCCAAAACCUUAAACACACUUAGUUACAGUAACUACUUUUUCCUGUUCAGGAUAGCAGUGGAUCUGAAGCCUACAUGAUAUAUGAGCUUGUUAAAUAUAUAUUAAUGACUAUACAGUCUGCUACAGCUGUGACGUGGCAAUGCUACUGCACCAUUAUACCAUCCAUACCAUUCAUCUUCACCUCAGGACCAGUUUUCCCAUGAGGCUCCAGGUCCAUCAGAAACUGACUAGAAUAAAGUAGUUACUGAAAACAAAUAAAUGCCCUCUGUAUCCAAAAGUAUCUCUUGGAUUCAUCCUAGACAUGAUUAACCCAACUGUGUUUAGUACUCUGUGUAUGUUUACUAGUCAUUGAGGUGGGAAAAAUAGUGAAGUGGAUGAUAAAGAAAUCAGCUAAACUUCAUUUCUUUACUUUGUACAUAUUUGAGCCCAGAUAUUCCACAAUAAACUACACUGUGAAUGCCUGUUCUUGUAAUUUUCUU